AUGUCGCUUCCGGACCGUCGCACAUUUUACAAUGGAAAGGCUGUAUCCGGCGGACCUUCAGGACCGACAUUUCAAUCCAUUGACCCGUCAACGUCCAAAGUGGUCUGUACAAUCUACACGUCUUCUGAAUCGGAAGUAGACCAAGCCAUCAGAUCGGCCAAUCUUGCUUUUCCUUCAUGGGCCAGUACACCUCCGGUCGAAAGGUCGCGGAUUCUGCUGAAAGCUGCCUCGAUACUCCGCUCGCGCAACGAUGAACUCGCCAAGAUCGAAACCAUCGACACUGGAAAACCCUUCUCCGAAACCUCGACAGUCGACGUGAUCACUGGGGCCGAUGUGCUCGAGUAUUUCGCCCACCUCGUCGCGUCAGGUGGCUUGAACGGGGAAUCGUUUCACCUGCGCGACUCGGCUUGGGUGUACACGUCGAAAGAACCCCUCGGAACGUGUGCGGGUAUCGGCGCAUGGAACUAUCCCAUUCAGAUCGCGCUCUGGAAGUCGGCUCCGUGUCUUGCGGCGGGAAAUACCAUGGUCUACAAGCCGUCCGAGGUCACCCCUCUCCAUGCACAGUUGCUCGCCGAGGUGUAUCAAGAAGCAGGCCUUCCAGAUGGCGUUUUCAACGUGGUAUAUGGUGACGGCAGCGUCGGUUCUUUGCUGACCAGACACCCGGGCAUCGCCAAAGUAAGCUUUACAGGUCAGGUCUCGACCGGUCGCAAGGUGGCGGGGGCGGCCGCCGGAGAAAUGAAGUAUGUGACCAUGGAAUUGGGAGGAAAGAGUCCUGUCAUUGUCUUGCCGGACGUGGAUCUCGAGCAGGCAGUGGAUGGAGCCAUGAUGGCAAACUUCUUCAGCACUGGCCAAGUGUGUACCAACGGAACCAGAGUCUUUGUGCCCGAGCAAUUGAAGGCCGAGUUUGAGCGACUCCUAUUACUGAAGAUGCAGUAUGUCAGAGCCGGAGAUUUGCUGGACGCCAACACCAACUUCGGUCCGUUGGUCAGCAAAGCCCAUUACGACAAAGUGGUGCGAUACAUCAAGCACGGCGUCGAGGUCGACAAGGCGAGAUUGCUGUAUGGAGGCCUGGGACAGCCGGAUCACCUACCGCAGAGCCUCCGGACUGGUUACUGGGUGCGACCGACCGUCUUCACCGACUGCACCGACGAGAUGAAGAUUGUCAAGGAGGAGAUCUUCGGGCCCGUCAUGUCCAUCCUGACCUACUCCUCGGUCGACGAGGCUGUGCGUCGGGCGAACAACACAGAGUUGGGUCUCGCUGCCGGUGUCUUUGGCAGGGACAUCGAUCUCUGCCACCGAGUCAUCAAGCAGCUGCAGGCUGGCAUCACCUGGGUCAAUACAUGGGGAGAGUCUCCGGCAGAGAUGGCCGUGGGCGGAUGGAAGCAGAGUGGUGUCGGGGUGGAGAACGGCAGAAGAGGCCUCGAAGCAUGGCUUCGCAACAAAAGUACGCUGGUAGACAUGGGCGGCUCCGUCCCGACUGUCUUUUCGAAGCUAUGA